UAUCAAAUCAAGAUUUAUUCAAGUUCACACCACAUCAAAACCACCCGCGGCACUUGCGCAGUGUCACCGCCUUUACAGUUCAAAGUCAAAUCCUUAUAACUUUUUAGUUCGUUGUUGAUUUUAUAAGUGGACAUAUAAAAUGUCGACUGGUUUAGUAGCUGGAAAACUUGCUCUAGUCACUGGUGCAGGAUCUGGUUUGGGCCGCGCAGCAUGCCAAGUGUUAUCUCGCGAAGGUGCAACAGUCAUAGCGGCUGAUAAAAAUUAUGCUUCAGCCGUGGAAACUAUAAAAAAACAUACAGCUCUAGCAAGUGGAUCAAAUGGUGCAGAACACAGUGCAGUAGAACUGGAUGUAUCUGAUUCUGGUGCUGUACAGAAACUAGUGCAGACGACUUUACAGCAGUACAAGUCUCCACCGACCAUUGUCAUCAACUCUGCUGGCAUUACCAGAGAUAACUGGUUGCUGAAGAUGUCUGAGGAAGACUACAGUGUAGUUCAGAAUGUCAAUUUAAAGGGCACAUUCCUCGUCAUGCAAGCCUUUGCCAAGGCAAUGACAGAAGCUUCACUGCCUGGAUCCAUCGUUAACAUUUCGUCGAUUGUCGGCAAAUAUGGAAAUAUUGGUCAAACAAAUUAUGCUGGAAGCAAGGCCGGCGUGGUCGCCAUGUCGCAGUCAGCUGCUAAAGAGUUGGGCAAAUUUAAUAUAAGAGUGAACGCAAUUCUGCCUGGCUUUAUUGACACGCCGAUCAUCCAAACUGUUCCGGAGAAGGUACUGCAGGGCAUGCUGAAAAUGGUACCCCUGGGCCGGCUUGGAAAACCAUCUGAGGUGGCCGAACUCAUAGCAUUCCUUAGUUCCGACAAGAGUUCUUUCAUCACGGGAGCUUCGAUUGACAUCACUGGUGGAUUUUAAAGCUUCGCUCAAACUCCUACACAAUUAUUUUGAUAUUAAUCGUUAUUGUCCGUUUCAAAUGUUGAAUAUGGAUUGAGUUUAAGGUUCUACUUACCACAUUACUGAUAAGUGUGACAAUAAGUUUUAUAAGAUAAUUUUAAUGGAAAUAAGUGAGCUUCAGAACAAUGUGAAAUGAGCAGAUACUCUUUAAGUCGGGUUUAAUGUAUUUUGCUGAAAAUAUGGAUGGCGAAAUCAAUGUGCUUAACUUUUUACUGGCCAUAUUGUCGGCUAUGUGGCCCAUAUAGCUAUACAUAUACCUCAGCUGUACCGAUAUGUUGUAAUAGAUUUGUAUGGUAAAUCCGGUCUUACGCAGCUCAAAGGUAUUAGGUACUAUGAGGUUUCUAAUUCAUUUUUAGAAUAGAUAGGAUGAUCGAAUUUAUUAAAAGAAACUUUGUAAUACAAAUGUUAAUGAACUCCACAGGAAUAGGCUUUUUGUUGCAAUACCUAUCGAUAAAAUCGAGUAAGUUAAAGCUAAAUUUUUUUUAUUUAAGACCAUGAUGACCAUGUAACGGUUUUAAAAUAGAUAAAACAAUUAAUGAACAAAUAAAAAUAUAUAUUCGCAAAUAACAUGUUAAGGUGGAUGGAUGUGUGCAUAAUAGGUAUGUAAUAAGUUUAUUAUAAGAAUCAACACGGGUUUUUGAUAUACUAUUUAUACGCUAUUUAAUAAAAAGAUAGCAACCGCUCAGGUACAGAGGGCAAAAAAACAUACAAUACUUUUUUGUGGUAGGUACUUAAACAUAUCAAUGUGGUAUAUAUUUUUAUGUGGUCUUCUAUGUAUAUGAACUAGGUAUGUACCUAGUGUAUUAUCCUUUAGGUAUAUUAACUACAUCAUAAUAAAUCAAAUAUUUACUUACAUUAUUUUUGUACACAUUGUGCCUUUUUACGAUAAAUAUACCUAGUAACUUAAUAAUACCUACAAUAUUUGGUAAAACCUACUUGUAUGGCUUUUGUCCAUUGAUUUUGUGACCGCGUCUUCCCUCCCAAGUCUGUGAUAUAUCCAGUUUCUUGUUAUGGAAUUUGUAAAACAGAUUUUGUAUGAAUUUAUUCUUUAAAUAAAUGGAACAUAAUA